AUGGCUUCCCCAUCGACGAAGCCCGCCUCGUCUGCGGAUACGCCGGCGAGCGCUCCCGCGUUCUCCUAUGCACAGGCUGCCCGUGGUCAGGUCGCGACUCCCGUGAUUACUUCGCAGCCAGAAAGCUCUGCACCGCCCUCGACGACGAAUACGGUCGGCUCGUCGGUCACCUCGUCUAAUGCGUCGGACGUGCAAGAUAUUCCCAAAGCCCUCCAGGAUUCUACAGAUCUCUCAACCGUCAAAGUUACAGACUCGGAGCUGAGCUCCGUGGUAGGAUCAAUCACCCAGGAAUCCCGUGACGAUGCGGUGUCUGUCGCUGGGUCGCAGUCUCAGCCUCCGUCCAAGGGGUCUGAUACACGAAGACCUCGUAAGGGCAAGAAGGGAAAGAAUCAAGACAAGACCAAGGAGAACGAGCAGGACCGGGCGAAGGAGAACCUGAAGACUGUUGAGCAGGUCAAGGUCCAAUUGUCCGAAGCUCCCAUCCCUUCGGUCAAUGUGUGGCAGGAGCGCGCCAAGCAGAACCCGGCGCCACAAAAGUCGGUUGCGACCACUGCGGCCGCGCCCGAGGCUAAGAAAGCAGAGAAUGGAUCAGCAGUCCGGGCGCCGAAGAAGCCAUUCGACUCAUCUCGCACCAAUACUGUUACUUCAAACGAAUCACGUAGGACGGCCCCUCGAGGAAGCAGGGUGCAAGCGGAAAACCCUCCUUCAGUCCAGGAUCCCGCUUCGUGGCCGUCAAUAGAGGUUGCGGCUGUUGAAGAUGGCAAGAGCAAACCCACUGAGAAGCCUGAUGAUGCUUCGGCAACCUCAAAACCGAAGAAGGAGUGGACUCAUUUCCCUAUCACACCAACAUAUACAUACGAAACACAGUUUAGCCAGCACGCAAAGCAACCGCGACCUCGUGGUGGGGCUCGCGGUGGUCGCGAAGCUGGAAGCACCCGUGGAGGGCAUGCAUCCGCAUCUGGCACUUCCGAAGACAAGGAACCCGCCAGCACGACUGCAGUGUCGGCCAAGGGCCAGAUAGAGUCCAAGGAACGAGCACGAGAUGCUGCAGCUCCCCAUACUAGGCAGACGUCCCAGGCUCCUACUAUUCCCAAGAGAGGGGGUAUGGAUAGUUCGGCACGUGAGCCGCGCAAGGCCGCUGGCGCAUCGCCGGCGGACAAGGCCAAGGGCGAACAUGGUGCAACGUCAUACCCACCCAAGGGUGAUACUCCGGCUCGGGGCUCGCGGGCAGAGCUUACCAACGGAGACCACCCUCCCGCGGAUCGUCGUAAGCACUCAGGUGAGAGGAACCACGCCAGGGGCCACGAUGCUACCGGCGAGAAUGGCCACCAUCCAGUUCGGGAAGGUCGCAGUGAACGUGGCCGCGGCGGAUAUCGUGGGCGUGGAGGUGGCGCUGGUCACAACGGGGCCGGCCACCACCAGCAGGGCAACUUUGGGCCCAACGGACAGAGAUACAUGGGGGCCGCAAAUGGAAUGGGUUCCCAGCCUUUCAACCCAGCCUCUAAUCAGUUCCAGUACUCCGGUCAUGGAAACGGCCGCAAGUUCCCCUCGCGUGCUCAAACUGGGCCCGCUCACAAUGGACAGCGCGCACACAACGGAGCAAACAUGCCUGGCAGGAUGCCCUCGCUACCUGUUACAACUUCAAACCAAGAAUACCCCAUGCAGCCGUACCCGGCGGUGUAUCCUGCCGCACACUAUGGUGAUGAACUUAUCGUUCAAGGCCUCAAGGCUCAAAUCGAGUUUUAUCUCAGUCUUGACAAUCUUGCCGGAGACCUCUACCUGCGCCAAAGGAUGGACUCUCAAGGCUUUGUGCGUCUCACCACCAUCGCCGGUUUCCGCCGUGUUGAGAGCCUCUCUCCCCGCUUUGACUUCAUUCAGGCGGCAUGUGCCCAGUCGCAAGAGAUUGAUUACGUUACUGGCGACGACGGUACUGAGCGAGUCCGAUCGCGUCAUGAUAUGACGCCAUACAUUCUCGAGUUCAGUCGCCGUGCCGAAGAGGGCAAAUCAAACGGACCGUCCAGCGUCAUCUACCACAACAUUGAUCGCCACACACACCCAAUUCCCUAUGGAAAUGGUUACCCUCACCACAUGUACACGUCGUCUCCCACCAACUAUCACACGGAGUUCCCGAACGCCAGUGCCAACUCGGCUGUGGAUCCGCACGCUUACCCAAUGUACCCUGCCAAUGGCUCUCACUACGGACAUGGGCCAGUCAUGAAUGGACACUACCCCGUCAAUGGUCAUCAGCUGUCGGCUACCGUUCCUGACUUCUCACCAGUGGCUCAGCAGCGACCAAGCAUUGAGGAGUUCCAGCAGUUCAAGGACAGCGACAUUGAGAACUUAACUGUCGUGGUCGCGGAUAACAAGCCCCGUGUGUCGGUCAAGGGAGCCGCAGACGAAAACCUGACGAAUGCCUCAGCAAAUCACAGCUCUAGCUCUGAUGGUGCGAAUGAAGCCAACAAGACCAACUACUCCACUUUUCACUCGCAGGCUCUUGAGCAACGCAAGAAGAGCGCACCAGGAGAGACUUGCCCCGACAUGCAUAACCUCUACAGGUUCUGGGUGGACCUCUUGUCCAACUCGUUUAACAACAAGCUCUAUACCGAGUUCCGUCAACUUGCCCUUGAUGAUGGCGCCAAGCAGCCUCCAAGCCCUGCUGGUGUGAGAUAUCUCCUGGGCUUCUAUGAGAAUCUUGUCAACAGCAGGCGGCCAUAUCCCGCAGUGCUCGAUUCUCAUUACCACGAGGCACGAAAGGUUUCUGAUGCCCUUUCCAGCGUUACCAACGGGGAGGUACACGCAUAG